GACGCGCGGGCUUGACGAGCCGCUCGCGCUGAUGGCGGCGGGGCUGGCGGAGGGUCGCACCGAGGAGGGAGAGCGAGGAGGCGGGGAACCGGAGAAGCAGAGAGAGGAGGCCCCGGCGGUACCGUGCACCGACACACUCCCACUAAUCACACCGACAACAGCAGCAGCGAGGCCCGCAGGCUGACGGAGAGGAGGACGGACGGAUGGAUGGAGCGUUCAGGACCUCCUAUUGGCCGUCAUCCCGUCUCGCUCCACCGGCCCGUACUCUACUACAGCUGCAGUACUCGUAGUGUUUCACAGUCAGCACUCUUACAGUAACAUUUGCUAGCAGAGGUGCAGUGAAACAUCAGAGAGGUGACCUGUGAAGCAGCGUGGGGGGCGGGGGUGGGGCUCUGCCAACCUUCCCACAGCAGCUUUGAACACACCUCCAGUUGUGUAUCAAUGCAUUUUGGUGCUAACGGACUGGGCACGACUUCCUUAGCUCGUUAGCUUGAGUUUAGCGGGGGCUUCUCGAGCAUGAUGCUUCAGAUUCUGGGCCCCUGACUCCUCCACGUGGUCUCCAGGUGAUGAGCUCAAUAGUUUGUUGUGAGAAAAAUGAAACUGCUCCACUAGCAGCUGCUUCAACGUGAAAUUCUCUCAGCUGCAGCACAAACACAACGAGUGUUUCACCUGCUCUGAAAAUGUAGAUUAGCUUCAUUUUGAAGCUACUUGCAGUUAGCAGCUAACAGCUAGCGCAGCCGUUCGAUCCGAAGCAAACAGAGAUAAAAUUCAGUUUGAAAAUAAACGACCUAAAAAUGUAGUUGGACUCCGACCUGGUUUACGUGUUUGGCAAGCUAACGGCUUGUUAGCUGCUAGCGGCUAGUGGCGAGCAGGUAGCGGUGGCGCGGAGCUAGGUCCGGGCAAAGCAGGGGUGCGAUGGAGUACCACUCCGGUGGCAGCCUGCCCCUGCUGGGGAGACCACGGUACUGCCCCGGGGCCAAUGCUAACGGAGGAUACCUGUGUGAGACGGGACACUGCUGCGGAGAGACCGGCUGCUGCACCUACUACUACGAACUCUGGUGGUUCUGGCUGCUGUGGACCGUCCUCAUCCUGUUCAGCUGCUGCUGUGCGUACCGACACCGCCGAGCCAAACUGAGGGUUCAGCAGCAGCAGAGGCAGCGAGAGAUCAGCCUGCUGGCCUACCAUGGAGCCAACUCCUACCCGUCCUCCAUGCUGGACCUCAGUUUCCUGGCGUCGCUGAAGCUGCCGUCCUACGAGGAGGUGGCGGCUCAACCCUCCACCCCUCCUCCACCGUACAGCUCCGUGUUCACCACCCCACGUUACCCGCAGCCCCCGCGUACCGCCGACCCCCACCUGCUCACGCAGCACGACCCGCUGUUGCACCGGCCGCUCAGUGAUGGUCCCUCCUCCCUCAGCUCCGACAACAGCUCCAGUUGUUCCUGCGACUCCUGCUGCCCCUCCUCUCCAUGUAGCUCCUCCUUAUCGGCACCUGUCACAUAUGAGACUGACACAAGCCACGCCACCACGCCCAGUGAGGCCGCACCCCUCACUCUUGAUGUCACUAUGGAGACCAUCACUGCAGCGGCAACCUGUUUGGAGGUAAAUGAGAGACGAUUUGUUUCUGAGAGGAUGGUUGCCUCAGCGGCGGUUGACAUCGGUGAUGAAGAUGCUGCCAGAGCAGAGGAAACUGUUGCCACGGACUCAUCGGUUCCCAACCAGGCUGUUACUGUUGUGGUUGUUACCAGGGCGGCCUCCCCUCAGCCUCUGCCUUCUCCCGGCUCAGAGGUGGCUCUUCCUGUUGCAACUACAUCUCCCAUAAAGCAACACCUUGACCUGGCACCGUGUACCCCAAUAGUCAGCACAGGUAGCCCGAGUACACUCCCUAGUCCGAGUGUUGUUGACACCACACUUCCUUCCAUCCAAGUAAUGAGCACCGAGGGUCCUGAAACUACCCCUAACCCCAAAACCACCUCAGUGUCAGGCCCCUCUACCCCAACAGCUAGCACUUCUGACCGCCCGACAGCCACCCAGACCCUCAAAACCCUCGACCUACCAAGAACUUUUGAAACAGUCAGUGUUCCAAGUAGCCCAACCUCGGUACCAACCCCAGAUGUUGGAAGAACUUUGGUCCCGAUAACAGGCUCUUCUAGUCUCCCAACUCCAGACCCAAAUUCUAGCCUUGUGCCGAUCUUGGCACCUUCAGACUUUAUCCAAGCACCAGCCCCAGUAUCUUCAAGUCUUUCCCAAGCUCCAGCCAUAGUACCUACAAAUUCUACCCAAGUUCCAGAGCCAGUAUCCACAGACCUUAGCCCCUUUCCAGACCCAGUACUUACAAACCUUACCCAAGCUGCAGACCCAUUACCCUCAACCCUUACCCUUGUGCCAAACCUAAAACCCACAAUCACUGUAGUGCCAGAGUGUGAAACGAAUCCAGUUCUUAAACCUGCACAUUCAAACCUUGCCCUUGCUACAGAUGCACUUACAUCAGACCAUUGUCAGAUUCAAAAAGUGUCACCUGGGUCAGGUCUAGCCCUGAUUCCUCCCAGCCCAGGGAACCCAGGGUCUGUUGCUGUUCUUGUAGCUUGUCUCGAUCCAGCCACAGCACCAGCCGAUCCCGUUCCUUCUCUGAUCCAGUCUCAAUCACCAGAGUCAGAUCUCAUCAGUCCAUUACCAUCAAAUGUCCAGGCUGGUUCGGGUACUGGAUCAGGUCCACUGUCCACUCCUGCCCCAGUGCUCACUUUGCCAACACCUGCAUCCUCCCCGUCCUCCUGCCCAGCCAUAACCAUAGACCCUGAAUCUUCUUUCACUCCCUCCCUCCCUGCAGCCCUCUCCCCAUCCUCGCCUCAGUCCCUUCCUUCACCUCCUUCCCUCCCAACUCCUCCAGUCCUGUCUUCUACUUCCCUCCCAGCUCCAGCUUUACUACUGGACCCCCUCACUGCUCUGCACCAGUCCAACAAAGGGGGAUCUUCUUCUGGCCACGCCUCCUCUCUCUCCCCCUCCCCUCGUGCUACUCAGUCCCCUCCGAAACAGACUCUCUUCUCACCCUGCGUGGACAUCUUUGAACCAGGACCUCCCAGCUGGGAGGAUGGUGAUGAGGAACAGGAGGAUGAGGACAAUGAUGAUGAUGAUGAUGAGGACAUGGGAGCCGAUGAGAGCCAGUAUAGACAUCGGCGACUUACUGGUGACUCCGGCAUCGAGGUGUGCAGGUGUCGGGUGGAGGAGGAAGAUGAGGAAGAGGAGGAGAAAGACGAGGAGGGGGAAAAGAAGGAGGGUGGCAGGAGAGGAGGAGGAUCGGAGAGGGAUAAAAAAGGAGGUGGAAACACUGAUCUCCAUGACAGCGUAGACUGCCCCGCCAGAGGUCAGAUAACCACAGGUGAAGGACUCAUAUUGUGUAACUCCACCUCCACCGCUACGCCAACGUCUGAGGACAGUGGUGACGUCGUUAUCGUCAUGGAGACAGUGUGAUUGACAGAAGUGGUCGGAUCAUACCAUCCGUCAUCCAGACACGGGAUGAAGUUCUGAUGGCAUCCACCCUUGAGAUUGUUUUUGAGAUUGUUCUGUAACCGGGGAGGUUUUGACGAUUGUGAUUAGGAAUCAGUUGCGUCACAUUAAUAAACGUCGCUUGUUCAGCAUCUGUUUGUCAGACCAGCAUAGGUGUCGCAUGUUAGGAAGAGAUUCAACAGGAAGCAUUAGCUCAUUUCAACAAAGGGUCUUCAACUGUGAUUUGGAAUUUUACUCAAAUGUGGUUCAGAAGUUUCUGCAUGGAGAGGCGUUCACUCCGAUCGCAUCCAGAGCUAUAAAAACUUAACAAGUACAGAACUGGUGUUAGCAGUUUGUAAAGUGUCAGGAUUAGGACGCCUGAUUUCCAUUUUGAUCCCAACAAACGUUUUACAGUUUACACAAAUAAGUUAGCGAUCCACCCUCAAGUAACUUUGGAGAGAUGUUUGUGAAGCAGUGACUAUGAACCGAGAGCUAGCUGAAGCAACUUGUUGUGUUGUGUCUGUACAACUGUUCAGUUGUGUCCUCAGUCAGAGUGAACAGUCUAACAAGGUUGAUUUAUCUGUUGACAUUUACGUGACACAGUCAACGGUCUCAUCUUUUGCUCAAAUUAGUUGGUGCUAAGGUACAGCCAGUCAAAGAAACCUCGUUGUGCUUCUCUACAAAACUCAUUGCCUGUCCUCAAAGAUACACACGAAUGUGUAAAUUCACUUCUGUCUUCAUGAAAGACUGCCAGCGUUAGUUUAGAGGUGGACUCCACCAAUUUCACACAUAUUUCUGAUCCGACACCUGUGUUACCAACAGGUGCAUUUACCCGGCACGAAGGGUCUCAUAAAAGAUGCUGUUUAAGUGGCGUUAUAAGAGGUGCGAGAUCCAGUGUACUUGUACUUGUACGAGUUUGACCCAUACUAUAAACUAAAACCUUGGCCUUCAUGUGACUUCAUUAUUGUUUAAAUGGGUGUCCCACAAAUUUUUUGUGCACUGAAAAAACUUAAAAACUGCAUUGUUUACGUAGAGAAAUUGAGAUUUCAUUUCGAGAGUGGUCAAGACAACAUCUGCGGGACACCACUGGAUGACCUGUACACUUUAUAUCUUCAGUGUAUCCUGCAGCGUGGGACUCGCACUUGUCUGGUGUUGACCUCGACUUGAUCUCAACCCUUCAAAACUUGGUCUUGUCUCGGUCUCGAUACACUCUGGUCUUGGUCAUGACUUGGUCUUGCUAAAGGUUGUCUUGACUACAAUGCUGCAACUAGCUAUCAGGCCUAUUUAGCCAAGUGUUAGAUGUUAACAUCAACACGCUAAUGCUAGCUUCUGCCUGCUACUGUAUGUUGAAUAUUCCUGAAAGAUUUUAAUAACUGCACAGUGGUGGUUAGCUGAACAGAUGCUAUGGCUAGCUAACACUUUCUACUUUCUUAACACAAAAUCAAUGAGGACUUGAUUAGCUCUUGAUCAAAGUAGACAAUAAUUGCCCAUUCAGUUAUUCACUGUUCAAUUCUGUUUAAAAAUACACAAAUGCAGCUAGCAUCAUCUUUAUAAAGAGAUAUCUGCGUAUGUACGCAGAAUCUGUCGACAACGUGGCAAGAUUUUAGUAUCAGAAGCGUUCUGGUUUCAGUUUGUAGUCCGAGUAGAAUUGACCAAACACAUUUGAGCGACAAGUAAAAAGUCUUUGUGGAGAGGCAUUUGCCGAAAUGCAAUUAGUUAUCGUCUGAUAGCUGAUUAGCUUUUGCUAGCUUUAAAAAACAAAAUGCAUCUGCACUCAUAUGCAGGUAUCGGUUUACAGAGAUCACCUGAAACGAUUAGUGCACAGAAGAAAAGUAUUGGCUCAGAUAUCUGCUCACUACACCGGAUCUCCUGAAAUAUUUCUGUUGCCCUCAGACUCUUGUCGUUAUCAGACCAAUAUCUGACGGGUUGUGAGAUUGAGAUAUCCAAAAAGCUAAUGUGGCGUUUAUGUCAUACAGGAAUAUCGACAGUUAUCCAAUACUGAUUUAGAGCUCACAUCAGCAUCUGAGCUGUGGUUACAACUGGGAGUGCCAGACAUCGUUAAAGGUAAUUAAAUAAUAAUUUAAGAGAUGUAAUGUUGCAUGUUCACCCAGGCUAAUUUUUAACCCCCAUGCAACCAGUUCUUAAAUUAUAAAACCAUCUUGAUUGGUCCAAUGACGUUAAUGCUCAUGAGUUGGAAACAUGAGAAUCUUUCCCUUUGCUACGUUCUGUCGCCGGAGCGUGCAUAAUGCUGCUGACAGAAAUGACAUUUUCUUUCUUACGUCCGUCACCAGCAAGAAAAGAAGUACUUUAAAUAGUUGAACAUUUAGGAGAGGACACCUCGCUUGUCUUGGGUGAUGACGGAGGUUUGGAAACGUGCCGGGGACAAACUGGCUGUUUUGGACUGUAAGAGUGACUGAUGUGGGCGGGUGAUUCACUCUGACUGACAGAGGGAAGACUGAUUCAUUCAUGAGAGGGGACGUUUGAAGUCUGUCAGGAGAGCGGAAUUAGGUGGGUAGUCUCUGAGAUGGGAGAGACGGUUUCUCAGAUCUGAUCCUGUAUGGAGGGCUUCAGGGUUGAUGGAUCAGUUGGUUUUCUGUGCGUCAGACUUUCGGCAGAGAAAAGCUUUUGCAUAACAGGGAAUAAACAAUGGGCACUUUUAGACAGAAACAAAGCGCCAAACAAAGAGACGGCAGCACGUCAUCGUUCCCGUCUUUGUCUCUUUCCCUGAAUUUGAGGUCAGAUACAACAAUUCGUUGUGGACAGCACACAAUCUAGGUUCAGUCUUAACUCUGAAAUAUUCCCUUCACUUUGUGCAUCUCUCCUUUCAUAGUCACAUUCAGAACCAGUAAUUCUACUGGUUAAUGAAUUGAUCGAUUAAUAGACUACGUUUACAAAAUUCACCCAACACCUUGAGCUGUUUUAGGGCCUUAAAGUGACAGUAACAUCAAUCCUAUCAAAGAAUUGAACAACAAGUAAUUCAGGAUUUAUUUUCAGGCCAUUGUUCCAACAUAUUCAUUUUUCGUACACCGUCAGAAAGACGGACGUGUCGAUAUUGAUAUUUUGUGACAGAAAGAGUAUAUUUUGUCAAUGAUAGCGCUACUAACGUGUGUGUAGUACAUGCUGGUGUGUUUGAAGUCACCUUAGAAUAUGUAAUUAGUGAAGAGCAAUAUUUUUCAUCAGCAAGUGUCUGUGUAUAAAUAGAAAGAGUGCAGUGACAUCAGAUUGUACCGCAACGUGGGAAUGUCUGUUCUCGUCUUUGAAAGUAAAGACACAGGCAAUAUAAUCUGUGUUCCCUGUGUAACUACGGCAACCGCCGCGGUCACCUGAAGAUUGUGCGAGUCAUGGGUAUCAUUGACUCAACCCCCUCUGAUGUAAAGAUGUAUGAGUCUGGUUGAAUGAUCCCUAAAGCCUGUGUCCAUGCUGCAUUACAACACAGACUUCACCACCCAUUUGUUGCAAAGGAUGAUGGGUAUCAUUUUGCUGACAGAGCUGCCCGUAGCAUGGACAGAGCUAUGCCAUGAAGAGGGCGUGGCUUGACUACAAUGAUGGCAGCAGAGUGGACAGUUUCCAUGUCAAACUCUGAUUGGUUGGAUGUUUUCCGUAAGUCUUGGUCGUCAGUUUGGAAACCAGCAUGCACAAGAUGGGAUUCACUCAUGGAUGGAUAAAAAAGGAAAAUUGUUUUUUAAACCUUUUGUGGCAAAAUUCACUGGUACAGGAAGGAGCAGAUGUGGAGUUCGGACAGCUCAAGCAGAUUCCAUGAUGGCAUCCGUGAUUCGUCUCAGACUGAGAUCGAAAAGACACCUUGUCCAAUUGAACCCAGGCCAGAUCUGCGCCUGUGGACUGAGGUGUAAGAGUUCGUAGAGGCUCGAAGGACCUCCUCGAGAAAGCUCAAGGGUGAUACCGAGCUGUUGAUGUUGUGGUUGAUGGUGUUUUUUGUUUACCUGAACUAAUAAGGUUAUAUAUCUCCAUGGUUACAGAGUGCCAUUUCUACUUGACAACUGUUACUACUUAGCAUUAGAUAGAGCUGUUAUCGCUCUGUGUGGGUGUGGACUUUCGACCGGAGUGACUGGGAAAUGUUGUCUUAAAUCUGUCUGUUGUAGCUCGGGUUUCCGAAGGCUCUAACAUCGGCCUCGUAAAAGGAGACACAGCUGGUUUCGGUGCGACGCCUUCUAAUUUAUUUAGGAUUUUAUCCAAAUGUCCUCACAGUACCAGGAGUGUUGACACUGACUGUGUUUACAUGCACAACAUACUCCAGAUUUUGCCCUCAUUCCAAAAAAGACAGUAUUCCUACUGACCUGUUCACACGGCUAAUGAAAAUAAAUAUUCCACUUAUAUUCGUGUUUACAUGCAGCCAAUCACAGCCCUGCCUGCUUACGUUUACAUUCAGCUAAUCUGAAACAGAAAAUACAUUUUUACGGAAACAUAAUGCCGAACACAUUACAGCUUCUGUUACUGCAAAAAUGUUGAUACUCGGUGUAUCAGCAAAAUGUUCAGUGACAAUGCAUUUCACUUGUUUUCUGCCAUAAUAGGCAACUUGCAGUAGCUCUAACCUAUAACUGAAAUCACGCUCUUUUCCUACUAAAACCAAAGUGCUUUUGUUGCGUAAACCGAAGACAGGUGUUUGGACGCAAAGUCGAAGUUCUAGUGUCAAAGUCCUGCACUUUGUCCACCCACCAUCCUCCCCAACCACCUCGGUUUGAAGCCUCAAGGGUAACAUGAAGAAAGUGUUUCGUUACCUAAAAGACAUGUCUCUGAACAAGCAUUAACUCUGUUGCCACAACAACAUAAAUGCGAAAGCAGCUCAGCAACAUACAAGGGUAAUUUCUAGGAGACAGGAUUGCCGAUCAAUGUGCCCUUUGUUGCAUCAAGGUUUCCUUUUAUUUCUUCAAAGUUCUCCGCUGACAGUGAACCUGUUGAUAUCAAAGUCUUUCAUAAUGUUUAAAAGUAGGUGGUUUCUUCUUUUCCCCGUAUCAGAUCCAGAAUAUUGUCAUAUUGGAAUAAUAGUAGAAUAAACAAGUAAACGUAGUCACUGUCUGGAAGAGUUGACACAGACUGAACGAUCGGCACCUGGGCGUUGUUUUUUUAAAUCACUUCGACAGUCAAACCAGACGGACGAAGGUUUUGUGAUCAGAGACCAAAUCAGUGGGUUUAAGAAUUGGUUGGAAUUAUCUACAGAAUUACCAGCGCCAAUAUUUAACGCACUUCUACCGGCUGAAUGGAAGAAGGUCCCAUUUCUUCUCUAGAGGAAUCAUGGGAAAUGUAGUCAGCACUGACUGAAGUAGAAGUAGACAUGGAGGCAGGGUUGACGGAUCGUCAGAGCUCCUGAAAUCACAGACUGUGAAGCAGGAGAGAUUCCCAACAUCUGUUAGUUUCCAUGUAGCUCCAUGGGUGCAGCAAGGCACUGCCAGGGUUGGGGGUUAAAUUCCUGAAGAUCCUGACACUCAUGAUCUCAACACUGCAGGUGCUGUGAGGUGUUUAGGGGUAACAUGUUCAGUGAAACAACCACAGAAAAACAUCGGCCACUGCCAACGGUGAAUGUCAUCUUAUUUGCCAGCAGGCCGACGGCAGUCAACAAGGCAAAUAUCGGCCGAUGCAGAACGCCCGAUAAAUUGUCGCGAAUGAUUUCCCUGUACACGAGGCUGUCGUCAGAGCUGCCCGAACAUUUGGAAACCUUGUCUUACUUUUUUUGUUGAGAAAUCUGUCGAGUCAAACCAGAGCAAAGUUUUCAUCAAACGAUGGUGGACAAAAUAUCCUAAAGUAGUCCUCUCUGACAGAAGAGUUUCACACUGACUGGAUUCACAUUAACAUGUCAGAUUGACGAGUUCAGUAUUGUCUAAAAGCUACAAUUGGCUCCUUCUUCCUUCAACCACCUUCUUGAAAAGGUUGGUGUUGCAAACUACGGUAGAAACCCGAGACCCAUAUUCCAUGUGUGUGUAUACAUGUUCAAGGAAUGCUCCUAAAAACCAAGUAAUAUCCAACAUAUCCCAUGUUUUCACUGGAGAAUGCUACAUUCUGAUUAAGACCUAACAUGAAACAGCCAAACACAAUCUGCAGUUUCCACGAUCUGUAUCAAAUGCAUUUUAUUGAGAUCCCCUACGAUGAGCGAUACCCUCCGAUACUGGCACGUUCGUCUGCGCUGGGGCACCAGUCCUGACUGAAAUGUGAACCCAGUCAAAGUUUUAGACAACUCUGGAUUUCGGCCUCAUUAAAUGUUCACCAUUUUGGGCCAUUGAUCAACUUUCACUUGUUUCAUGAGGAGACUGGAAGCAGCUUCACCCGUGGUGUUUGACGAAAUGAUUUAAUUUACUAAAACGUCCGUGUGUUCCUUCGAUUGUAGGAGCCUCCGUCUAAAGAACGUUUUUACCUUGCUCUCUUCUCUCCUUCCUGUUUGCAUGAGGUUUCUGUCAGAGGAGUCGAAGGAAGCAGAGAAGAGAUGAGUCUUUGAAACCCCUUAAUAUUAUGAUGAUAACAAUGCUAAUUAUUAGUGAUACUAAAUUAAUAGUGAGUGUGUAUGUGUGGGUGUAUGUGUGUGUGUGACCUAACUAAACCAGCCUGUUCUAAAAGUGUGUGAAGAUAUACUGAAUAAAACUGUCGAAUCUA